AAAUUCUUAUUAAAUCUUCCAGACUUUUACGAAAAAAGUCUAUCUAAAAUUUCUUUUUAUUUAUCAUAAACCUCCCAAAAAAAAAAGAAAAAAAAAUAUUGGAUCAUGCCUAGGGUUCAAAGAGAUCCAUUGGUAGUGGGAAGAGUAAUUGGGGAUGUUCUUGAAAAUUUUAAUAGAAGUGUGGCAUUUAGGGUAAGUUAUAAUAAUAGAGAUGUUAACAAUGGCUGUGAAUUUAGGCCUUCUCAAGUUGUUAAUCAACCAAGAGUUGAGGUUGGUGGUGAUGAUCUUAGGACUUUUUUUACUUUGGCUAUGGUGGAUCCUGAUGCUCCUAGCCCAAGUAAUCCACACCUUAGGGAGUACUUGCACUGGUUGGUGACAGAUAUUCCUGGGACCACUGGUGCCACCUUUGGCCAAGAGAUAGUUUGCUAUGAGAGUCCAAGGCCAUCAUUGGGGAUUCACCGGUUCAUAUUUGUAUUAUUCCGGCAAUUGGGAAGACAAACUGUUUAUGCACCUGGUUGGCGUCAAAACUUUAACACUAGAGAUUUUGCUGAACUUUACAAUCUUGGCUUGCCUGUUGCUGCUGUUUAUUACAAUUGCCAAAGGGAAGGAGGUUCUGGUGGAAGAAGGCUUUAGAUUUAUUUUCCAUUUUUUUCCCUUAAAUAAUCUAUAACUAUAAUAAUAAUAAUAAUAAUAAUAAUAAUAAUAAUAAUAAGCUAACUAAUACUCUUUCACUUUGCUAUUAAAAAUGACAUUUUUCUCACAACAUAUCACUUUGAAUAAUUAUUAACUUAAAAAGACAGAAUGUUAUUGAAGGAAAUUCUUCCGACAUAAUAUUUAUAUAUUAUUCAAGUAAGUUUUAGUUUAAAGAAAGUGAUUUCAAUAGAAUAUAAAAUCGAUUUAAAAGUUUAACACGAUGGUUGAAGCUCGAAGGUUGGUUAUCUGUUCUAUCAUAUUUAUAUUUGAGGUUUUAUAUAUGGUAGUGGUAAUACUUAAUAUGUAUUACUUAUUUCUUCUUAUAAUUGUACUAUAAUAUUGGGAUCGUUUUUAAUAAACUAUUAUUUUUUAGCGAAAUACAUGAA